AUGUCCUGUCCCGUUGGUAGUGACGAUGUAUUUGGCCCGCGAGUUCUUUCAGAAUGCCGCUCAUUUGACUUCACCUUAUUAUUUGAAGAUGCGAUCUUCUCCCUCCUCCCAGCAGCCCUUUUUCUUGUCUUAGCCUUAUGUCGCCUCUCAGUUCUGAUCCGAGCGCCGAUCAAAGUAACUUCGCAUCGACUAGCAACAUGGAAACUGAUCUCCCUAGCCAUAUUGCUAGCCCUUCACAUUCUUUAUCUUGCAUUCCAGCUCCAGACAUCUCUGCUUCACACAAAGACCUCCUUGGCUGCAAGUCUACUAUCAUUAAUUGCUAUUACCGCAGCAUGCAUACUAUCCUGGUUGGAAGAUCAACGCACCGUCAGACCAUCCGAUAUAAUGGUGAUUUACUUUUUCGUGACGACACUACUAGCCCUGCCUCGAGCACGGACUUUAUGGCUUUUAUCUCCAAUUGUCAAAAAUCAAGCGAUACUCUGGACUCUCCUAAAUAUUGGUACAGCGACCGUCUUGUGUCUAGAAUCACUUCAUAAAACCAAAGUCCUACGCUUUGCCUAUAGAUCUAGCAAAGAAGGUACCUCAAGUUUUUGGGUUCGCAGUUUUUUUAUAUGGGUACUUCCCUUAUUUCGAAGCGGCUUCACUACAAUUCUCCGAGUUCACAACAUGCCCGAAUUAGACCAUAAUCUACAAGGGGUUUCCGCAGAACAGAGACUGAUCAAAGCAUGGCCGAGGACCAAAAAUGCCCGCCGUCAUCGGCUACUACAAGUCACUUUUUUAGCGUACCUCUGGUCCUUUGCCAGCGCGAUUUUACCGCGCUUAUGCCUCACGGCAUUCAAAUUUUGCCAACCCUUCCUGAUUAGUGCUACUUUGGAUUUUAUCAGCGCUUCUUCGAACCCGGACAGUCGAUAUCAGGGUCCUGCACUUGUGGGAGCUUUUGUAUUGACAUAUCUUGGAAUGGCUGUGUCCACUGCAGUAUACUGGCGUCAAUCCUUCCGUUUUAAUACCACAGUCCGAGCUGGCCUCAUCUCGCUACUUUAUCGGCAAACAAACAAACUACCUGCAGCCGAGUUUAAAUCAAAGCAGUCAAUCACACUGAUGGGGACGGAUGUAGAAAGAAUUAUAACCAAAUUCAGAUUUAUUCAUGAGGCUUGGGCAGCCCCAGUCGAUGUUGCUAUCGGAGUCUUUCUACUCGCCAGACAGCUCGGAGUCACUUGCCUGGUUCCGGCCGUCAUCUCUAUUCUCGCUGUUUUGGCCACGAUACCUGUUUCUUCAAAGUCUAAUUUAGCUCAAAAGCUCUGGAUUGAGCGCGUGCAGGCACGUCUCAGUACAACUUCCAGUAUGCUACAUGACAUGAAGUCCGUCAAGAUGCUGGGCCUUGGCGACAAGCUAUACGCCUGUCUUUCUCAGCUACGCAAGAUAGAGUUGCAAGUAUCUGAAAAAUUUCGGAUUCUGCUUAUCUGGCAAGUUGCUUUAUCCAACGUGCCUGUCACUUUUGCACCCUUUGCAACAUUCGCUAUUUUUGCAAUCGCUCAAUCGCUUCAUGGUGGAGAAUCGCUUCUUUCAAAUCGCAUGUUUACUUCGCUUUCCUUAAUUUCCCUGAUGACGGAUCCGCUGCUUAUCUUUAUCCAAACCCUUCCGGCACUUUGGGAAUCCUUGUCGUGCUUUGACCGCAUCGAAAGAUAUUGCACCCAGGCACCUAUAGAUUUCCCUCAAAAACCUUUGCUAGCCGAAAGAGAAGUGGAGUUGACUGAGAACCAUGUGUCGAUGCCCGAAUUUUCUGGAGCUAUACUUGAAUUCAAUAACGCAAGUUUUUCUUGGUCUCAAGAAGCUCCAGCUCUACUCCACGACUUGAGCCUUUCGAUCAAGAGGGGAGAAAUUUCCGUAUUCAUUGGAUCAAUUGGAAGCGGAAAGACUACGUUAUUGGAAAGCAGUCUAGGUGAAACAGUACUGAUGGCCGGUUCCAUGUCUCGGUUCUCUACCGAUGUUGCUUACUGUCCACAAGCCCCAUGGAUUACGAAUGAUACUCUUCGCCAGAAUAUCAUAGGACCUGCGCCAUAUGAUUCCAAAUGGUAUAACUUUGUCAUCUGGGCUUGCUCUCUUGAUGCUGAUUUUGAUAACAUCCUUGGUGGAGAUCUUUCAAAGGCUGGAAGUGGAGGGAUAACCCUCAGCGGUGGCCAGAAGCAAAGAAUUUCCCUCGCGCGAGCUGUUUAUUCCCGAGCACCAACUUUGAUCCUCGAUGAUGUCUUCAGCGGGCUUGACACCAAGUCUGUCUCCGCUAUAUCCACUCGUCUACUCGCACCAAAUGGCCAUUUCCGAGAAUCUGGCAGGACGGUCAUUCUUGCGACACAUAAUCAUCGCUUGCUUCCAUACGCAGACAAUGUUGUAUUGCUUGAGAAUGGCAGGAUCUCGAAAAGUGGGUCGUAUGACGAAAUCCGCGGAAGUCUACCACAUGACAAUCACAGUCAAGACAGCGCCGAUUCAUCAAUUCAAGAGGCGAUUGGUUCCCAAAAAGACAAAGUUGAGACUUCUCUGAACAGAUUCACCAGCAAUGCAGAUGAUGAGAAUGCCGAGCUGAAUCCGUCACGUCGAGAUGGAAAUUGGUCUGUGUAUAGAUACUAUUUUCGAUCUGCUGGACUCGUGGUCAUGCUAAUUCUGGUCUUUCUGGUUUUGGUCUGCGGCUUCGCGGACAGGUUUUCCACGGUGUGGCUUCAGCAAUGGUCCGAUGCCAAUGAGCAGAAUCCAAACCAGGAUAUUGGCAUGUAUAUCGGCGUUUAUGCCCUCUUAUUUACUGUUUCGCUGAUUGGGCUCCUUGUUGGGUGCUGGCUUCUAUUUGUUAUCCUUAUCACCAACACCGGUCGUACAAUGCACUCGGAUCUUCUCAAGUCAACUUUGAGUGCGCCAUUUAGCUUCUCGCAGAAGGUCGACGCCGGUUUGAUACUGAACCGAUUCAGUCAAGAUCUUGAACUGAUCGACAUGAACCUCCCAGCGUUUUUAAUGAAUACAAUGAUCUCUUUCGCAAAUUGUUGCGUUCUGCUUGUCAUUCUCUGCGUGGAGGGAAAAUAUCUCUCCAUUACUAUUCCCGCCCUGGCAGUCACUUUAUUCUUCGUGCAGAGUUACUACCUCCGAACCUCUCGUCAAGUCAGACUCCUUGAUAUCGAGGCCAAGUCACCCCUAUUCACGCACUUUGUGGAAACUAUGCAGGGCAUCUCAGUCAUUCGGGCUCUGCGGUGGCAAGUACCUUUCCAAAAUCGCCUUCAGGAGCUACUUAACCAGUCUCAGAAACCCUUUUACAUGCUCUACUGUAUCCAACAGUGGCUGCAGCUAGUCCUUGAUUGUAUUGUUAUGGCCCUCGCUGUCAUUCUCGCGUCGCUUGUCAUAUCUCUUAAAGACAAGUUUAGUCCCGGCGCCAUCGGUGUUGCCCUGAAUUUGAUUUUAAACUUCAACCAAGAUCUCAUGCAGCUUAUUCGGUCUUGGACCAUUCUAGAAACGUCAAUUGGGGCUGUUGCUCGCGUACAAGACUUCACUUCUACGACUCCAGCGGAAGACCAAGAUCGGGGUGAGCUAGCGACUGUUUCAUCUAAGUGGCCUGAGCAGGGCGAGUUGGAAUUCCGCAGUGUUGUCGCAGCGUAUAGUCCUGAAUCUCCACCAAUCCUGAAGAACCUAUCACUUGUGAUCUCACCCGGUCAGAAAAUUGCCGUCUGUGGCCCGUCAGGCAGUGGCAAGACCUCACUGAUCCUUGGUCUAUUGCAGAUGAUUGAGCUGCAGGGAGGUCAAAUUAUCUUGGAUGGUGUGGACCUGUCUAGCGUGGCAUCCACCAUGGUACGCUCCCGGGUCAACGUGGUCCCCCAGGAGCCAUUCUUUAUGCCCGGCACAUUGCGAUUUAAUUUGGACCGUGAUUUAGAGCAAAAGCCAGUGUCUGACGAAACUCUCAUCCACGCCCUUGAAACAGUCGGUCUAUGGAAGAAGGUCUGCGAUAAUGGCCAUCGGGGUGAAGAACUGGAUCAGCCACUUGCUAUCUCGAAUUGGUCGGCGGGCGAACGCCAGCUGCUCUCCUUGGCUCGUGCAUUGAUUAUGAAGAGUUCGAUUCUUGUUCUGGAUGAAGCCACAAGCAGCGUGGACUGGGAGACCGAAAAUACCAUGCAGACGAUUAUUGAACAAGAGUUCGCGUCUCAGACUGUGGUGUCCGUCAUUCAUCGCCUCCGUUAUAUCGAACGCUAUGAUCGAGUCGCACUGCUCAAGCAGGGCCGACUAGUCGAAUAUGAUAGCCCGCGGGAGUUGUUGUCGCGACCGUCCGAAUUCCAGUCUUUCUAUCGGACGAAGCAGGUAGAAUGA